AUGGACAAAUUGAGAGAAGGAAUUGUGAAAAUGUCCAACAGUGAACCUAAUGCGCCAUUAUCAGAGGCCCAGAACUCGAUUCUUGAACAGCACCUUGAUCGUUUAAUGUCUGGUCUUCAGACUACCCCUGAUCAUCCUCCUUACGCUUGGAUGAUUGAAAAGGCGUUGCAGGAAUUGGACGAAGAAGAGGGUUCUAAUGAAGACUCGAUAUCUGAGUUUAUCACGAAGAAUAAUGACAGUUUGCCAAGGGCUCAUACGACAAUGCUGAAACAUCAUCUAGAGAACAUGUGUGAAAGGGGGGAAAUUGUUAUGAUUGAUGAAGGACGGUUUUCGCUUCCUGGUGACAGUGAAAACUCGAAUCCAAAGAAAAAAGUAAAGGGCAAGAGAAGGGGGAGUUCGUCAAAUACACAAAAGAAGCAGCAGCAAAAGGAAAAAGAGGAGGAUCCUCAACAUGUGGUGCAUUUGGAGCAACCGAAACAACAGGGUCGUGGGAGGCCUGCUAAGAACAAGGAAGACGAGGCCAAAAAAGGUGAUGGCACAACUUCAGCAUUGGCAACAAAGGAACCAGACGAUCAGCGUGAGAGGGCUCUCAAGGGCCAGGAAGACAGGGUUGAUCUAGAUGCUGUACUUGUGAAGGACUCGUGA